ACAAUUUCUAAGCUCCAAGCUCCUCGCAUUGUAGUCGUGCCUGCCUCCUUUGAAUGCUGACGUCAAACGUCAUCACAGUCUGGUGACGUCCAAGCCUUUCCGUCUUUUCACGAUUGUUGAGGUCCUCCCCUUCAAUAUUCCGAUUCGACACUCGCCAGGAAAAAUCUUCCUUCACCUAAUCACUCCAUUCACUUGACGAUUCAAUGACCUAUGCAAUCUCAACAAUGCCACAGCGGCAUUCGAAUUAAUCCAACGCUCGCUUUUUAUUCAUCUCCCUCGAAUAUCACUGCGAGGCGGAAAAUCGCAUCACUGUUAUGGCAGAAUUCUUCACAUCAUGGGCGACCUGGGAGAAAUUAGUAUUCAUACUUGCAUGUGCAAUCGUGGUCACGAUCCUCCUGGGAUGCGUCAAACUCGUCUACGUCCAUUGGCAGCUCCGAAAGCAUACCAAGGCCGUCGAAUUGGGAGAUGACGAGCAGGUCAUCAGAAGGCAGAUGAGUCAGCGUCGCCGAGCACAGCGAAUCAAGAACGAAGUGCCUUUUGGAAUUCGAGCCAUCGAAGAGGGCAUCGAAGUCGAGGGCGUAUGGAUAUCGCGAACCAAUACACCAGAGCCUCUGAGCCGAGAGAGUUCCGGCGCAUCUUUGAUCCCUAAAUCCAACCAACCUGCGCCCGAUGAGACUGUAUCGGGGCAUGACAAUUCGACGGAGACAGGGAUACUCGUCGAAGAUAUUGACGAUGACCAUCGAUCGAGACAUCAAUCGCUGGAAGCACAAGCACGGCUUGAGUCACAAUCAGGCUCAAUUCCAACAAGAGAGAUUAUCUCACCAAGCUUUAUUUCCAGAGUACGAACGCCAUUCUUUACAAGCACGCGAUACUCAAGUGUUUCACAAUCACCAAGGACGAGCUCCGGUACAAGCGGUGUAAGACGAUUGAGUAGAUUCUCUGGUAUACCCGCAUACACCCAUGUUUGGAGAAGCUCGGAAGUGAGUGACGAGCGACAACAGCGUGACGGUGUUCAUUCAGCAGACAGCACAGCCAGCAGUAACGAAGUGAUCGCGGCUUCAGAACCGCCCGAGACGAGCCAUAAAGUUUCAUUCGCACAGCACAACCCCACGAACCUUGAGUUCGAGCUUAUGCAGUCCCACCGUAGGUCUCAAGCAGCAGAAAUGGGUCAGCUGCUGCCGCGUUCACGCAGACCGGCCUCGAAAGAUUGCAGUGAUCGGCUUCGAGACUCAGCGCGAUCAUCAUACGAGGUCCCGCCCCUACUGCAUGUGGAGAUCCCAGAUCCACGCUUGUCAGCAUCGCUCACCUCAGACAUGAAGCACAAUACGCCCUCGAUCGAGACGGAGACAAGGUCGUCAGCACAAAUUCUGGACCCAGCUGUGAACGGACAUGCUGCUUCGGAGAAUAUCUUCACGGAAGUACGCAUAGUUGCGUCAGACGGCAGGGACUUCCCAAUGACGUAGAACGAUGGAGCGUCGCAAGUCUCCGAAUCCACUCGAUCAUCCUUCGAAGUCCGCGAAUCCCCUGUCAUUCGAGGUCACGGUUCCGGGUAUGAAAUCCUCAAGCCAGGCACAUUCAGAUACUCACUCCCACCGAUACGUAUGCACAACGGUCCACAAUCUCGUGGCCGUGACAGAGGCCGUAAACUGCAGAA